AUGGCAGGAGAAAAUAAUAGUAUAGCAACAGAAUUCUUUCUGGUAGGACUCACAGAAAAUCCUAACUUGGCCCCCUUUUGUUUUGUCAUUUUUUUCCUGAUGUAUCUCAUCACCUGUAUGGGAAAUCUUGGGAUGAUUACCUUGAUCCAGAUUGAUUCUCGACUCCAUACUCCCAUGUAUUAUUUCCUCAAUAAUUUGGCUUUUGUGGAUUUCUGCUAUUCCUCCACAAUAACUCCUAAAACACUAUCAAACUUCUUAAAUUCUAAGAAAUCAAUUUCUUUUGCUGGUUGCAUAGCACAAUUGUUCAGCUUUGUCCUUACAGCCAGUGUUGAGUGCCUUCUGCUAGCGUAUGACCGUUAUGUGGCAAUUUGUAACCCGUUGUUCUAUACAAUCAUCAUGACUAAGAAAGUUUGCAUCCAAUUAGUAGGAGUGACUUACAUAAUGGCGUUCAUUCAUGCUCUUGCACAAACAAUCUCAACCUUUAGACUCUCUUUCUGCCACUCCAAUGUUAUAAAUCAUUAUUUCUGUGAUAUUCCUCCACUGUUAAAACUCUCUUGCAGUAGAACAUUCAGCAAUGAGAUAGUGCUUUAUAUGUUUGGUGCAUUUCAGGGUAUUUUCACCUCAGUGCAGAUCUUCAUCUCAUAUAUAUACAUCAUAGCCUCCAUUCUGAAGAUCCACUCAUCUGAAGGCAGGCAUAAGGCCUUCUCCACAUGUGCCUCUCAUUUGAUGGCUGUCUUGCUCUUCUAUGGCACCACUGUUUUCAUCUACAUCCGACCCAUUUCCAGCUACUCACUUGGUCGAGAUAAAGUUAUCUCUGUCUUCUACACUAUGGUGAUUCCCAUGUUGAAUCCCCUAAUCUAUAGUUUGAGGAAUCGGGAGGUGAGGGACGCAUUGAAGCGAGUAUUAAGCCGAAUAAGGUUAUCUUGA